AAAAAUCACUGGAUUAAAUGAAAAUAAUACAAAUAGUGUCUAAACGUAAAAAUUUUAUAGUGAUAUAAAAUAUUUUACUACCAUGGCGUCCAGAAGCUUGACUGAAGUAUUUGUGCUAAUGCGAAAUAAUGCAAUACACACUCGACAAAUAUUUUCAGAACAGGCCAAUGAUCAUGGUCAUGAAAAAGUUAGGCUCAUGCGGUCUAACUCUCAUGACAUGGAAGCUGGCAUGGAAAUGAGAUCGGAAUCAGAUGCACCACCACCUUGGAGUGACUGUUUAGAAGAAACACAUUACAUCAUUUCAAGGUUAAAAAGCAAAAUAUCAGAGUUACAAGCUCGCCACGAGCGUCAGAUCCGUCGUCCCGCGUUAGAUGACAGUAGCGAGCAGCAGCACAUUGAGAGAGUCGCAGCAGAUAUCGGGAAACAUUUCACGCAGGCACACGCGAGGAUCAGUAAUAUUAGGGCGCAGGUUCGACAUGGUAACAAAUCGGAACAGAAACUAGCAAACAACGUAGUACUAGCUCUAGUAACGACAUUACAAGACCUCAGUCUAACAUUCCGAACCGCACAAUCAAAUUAUCUCAAAUCGCUAACAUCGAGAGAAGAGCGAUCAAAUGUAUAUUUCGAUCUACCAAAUUUCGAAGAACUAAGCCUCGACGAUAAUGAACUACUUCCCGGCCUUACAAACAACCAGACAGACUUACUUUUCGCGUUACCUAGUACGUCAAAUUACGAGGAAGACGGUAGGAAUCAGAAUCAAAAGCAGCUCUUGCUUAUGGAAGAAGAAAACACGCAAAUGAUAGCAGAGAGAGAGAAAGAAGUGAACAAAAUUGUACGUUCGAUAGUCGACCUUAACGACAUUUUCAAGGAUUUAGCUCAUAUGGUGCACGAACAAGGCACUAUAUUGGAUAGAAUAGAUUAUAACAUUGAACAAACGCAAGUGCAAGUACAUGAAGGAUAUAAGCAGUUGCAGAAAGCGGAACGGUACCAAAGGAAGAAUAGAAAGAUGCAUUGUAUACUGAUAUUGGCAGUUGUUGUUAUAGUUAUGUCGAUAUUGUUGAUUAUUGUUAAAAGUUAGCUAUACGCCUUACCCGUAAAUGGGUUUGAUUAAAAUGCUAGCGAAAGCAAAGGGAUGCCUUGAAAAGUUAUUUUAGUGGGCGAUUCGUGGAGUUUAAUAAUUAAUAUUGAAUGACUUCCAUAUAUAUACAAGACUAAAGAUUUGAUUGGUCACUUUUAGUAUCACAGAAUAUGCGAUCUACUUGCUAGCAAAGGUGUAGCAUUGAGUUUAUACCAUAGAUUAUCGAAAAUAAGAAUGGAAUAGGUUGUCUAUGAUAUCUAUUAUUUCUUAUAGGCGAUACAGAUACAGUAAUCUUAUACCUUUACAAAUGUUAUACCUUUGCUAACUAAAAUGAUUUUCUGUUAUAGUCAAAGUGAAAUUUUAAAUAGAAUUUUGUUACCAAUUGUAAAUAUUUAAAUCCUAUACUAUCAACUAUAAAACGACAAUAGCCAUUAUAAACAAUUAUUUAUAACCAUCAGCAAUAUAUCGGGGGCCGUAUUAUGACCUCUUAUUUCCAGACAGUUUACGCCGUGAAUUGAACUGACUGGCAAAUUCAUAUUCUUAUUGCGAUCAUAAUAUGAAUUUGCCAGUCAGUUCAAUUGACGACGUAAUCUGGGGGAAAUAAGAGUUCAUAAUACGGCUUCUGAUUUACCAAGCUUCCGUAGUUAGACAAAAAAUGAUAUAAAAUUUAACUUUAUUGAAAACAAAUAUAAACAUAAUCAUGAAAUAAAGUGAGAAAAUAGAUUUUGUACAAAACGUUGAAAAGUAUAUUGAAUUUUUAAUAUUAGGUAGGUUUUAUUAACUUAUAGCAAAUCCAUUUAUAACAAAAAUGGUGCGUUUAUAAAUAAUAUAUUCUAGUCCAUAUUUAUAUUAGUGUAAGUUAGUUGUAAUAAAUAUAUUCAAAGCUUAUUUAAUUUAAAAGAACACAAGCAAAUUUUUACUAACACACGUCAAGCAUAGGUGUACAUUGAAUUUUUACAUAUUAAAAACUUCAAUUCAAAUAUGGUAUUGUAAAGGUAUUGUAUAUCUGCUUUACAAACGCAGUUUGCUUUUUUUUAUCUUCAAAUUGAAUAAUGAUACUUUAGCCAUGCAAAACUUAUGGAUCAUCAACAUAUUAUGUCCUUUUUGGGGUAUAUUUAUGUUUUAUUUACUUGCUAAUGUUUUUGUAAUUGUUUGUGUGUAAUUCAAAUUUAAUGUUAAGGCUUGUGACUAGCUUAUUUGCACUGUAAAUGUGAGAAAUUUUUUAUUGUAAAUAUUUCAACGUAUUUAAUUGUAGACUAUAAUCAACUGCCUAGUGCUUAGUUUACACUAUUCCUCUUUUGUAUUGCCAGAUAAAAACGUAUAACCUAAACCUAGUACCUACCUAAGUAAAAUAUUAUGCAAAAUAUUGAUUUAAAAUAGUCUAUAAAGUUGUUGAAAGUUUGAUUGCGUAUGUGCCAAUUUUCAUUGUCAUAAUUUAUUCCAUUUCAAGUGCAAUAUUACAUUAUUAGAAUUUUUUGGUGCAGUACCUAUAUACCUACUUAGAAAUUUUAAUUUCAAUAAACAUAAUAUCUUGAAUCUUCGCUGCAGUUUUUUUGGGAUAUAAAUUAGCGCCAGAAUUAAUAAACAACUGUGAAAAAUGCGAAAAGUGAUCAUUCCAAUUUAUUAAUCACUUAGUUAAUUUAAGAAAAUGAAAUUACACAUUGUUAAAAUUUGUUAACUAUGAAUUAAUUAUUAUUAGGAAUAAUAAAUGUGUAUUUGUAAUUG